CGUAGGGUUCUAGGGGGGGGAGCAUCACACAAAGAUGCGGGAUUGAAAUCUCCUUGUGGAAGUUGAGGGAGGGGGGAGAGAGAAAUGAGUACAAGGGAGAUAACAGCCAAGGACGUGAAAGCCACAGAGAAGAACCGGGUUCGAUACUCUUCAAAGCACAUUAAACAUCUUCCACCUGGAACCAUUACUGAGUUUGUAUGGAAGGAUUAUUGUCCCUUGGGAUUCAGACUUGUGCAAGAGCUUGAGGAUAUUAACCAUGCUGAAUACUUGAAAUCCGUAUGUAAUGAUGAGACGCUAAGGAAGCUUUCUACUGGGAAAGUUGGUAAUAUGUUUCUUCUCUGCAAAGAUGACCGCUUUCUUAUUAAGAUUCUUCGCAAAUCCGAAAUCAAGGUGAUACUAGAGAUGUUGCCUGGCUACUACCAACAUAUUCAUAAAUACAGGUCAACCUUGUUGUCCAAGAACUAUGGAGCUCAUUCUCUCAAACCUCUUGGAGGUGUUAAGACAUAUUUUGUGGUCAUGUCAAACAUACUACAGUCGGAUGUUUUUAUGAACAAGGUCUAUGAUCUAAAGGGUUCAUCACAAGGCCGAACUAACAAGAAGAUCAAAGUCAGAGAUAAAACCAUACUGAAAGAUAUAGACCUUGAUUUUCAUUUCUAUGUUGAUUCCUUGGCAAGGCACCGCCUCCUCAAGCAAACAAAGCUAGACUGUGAACUUUUGGAAGAUGAAGGAAUAAUGGAUUAUAGCUUAAUGCUUGGUUUACAAGUUAAAGGUUCAUGUCAAGGCUCAACUGAUGAAUUAAUCCCUGUAUACGAUAGCUUCACAUCACUAGGCUCUGUUGACAGCAGUAAGUUUAUGAAGACAGCUACAAACUCUCCAGAUAGUUCUUUAACAAUGUAUUCAUGCACUCCGAGCAGAGACUCAAUUGAUAGUGAGGAGUCAGUGAAUGUACAAUCCGUAGCAAGCAUGUGCCCUAGUCCAGCACCAACCAACGCUUCUGAUUCUCCACAAGGAAGCAUUGUCUACAAAACAACACCCACCAACAUCUUCCAAAACAGCUCAAGCACAAACUUCGGUAUGAGGAUACCUGGACGAGCACGAAGAGUGGGGAGAGGAGAAUCAUUAGGGAGUGUGGUGGGGAAGAACGUUAAAGGAGGGGGAGAGGAAUGGUACGACGUUAUAUUGUACCUUGGGAUUAUAGACAUUUUCCAAGACUAUGGUGUGAGGAAACGCAUUGAACAUUGUUACAAGUCUAUUCAACACAGCUCUAAGACUAUCUCAGCUGUCCAUCCCAAGAUCUACUCUUCUCGUUUUCAAGACUUUGUCUCUCAGAUCUUCUUACCAGACGAUGAUACUUCUAAUUGAUUUUAUUUUUAACUACCUUGUCUUAAUAUUUCUAUUUAUUUAUAUUCACUUAUACUAUACAUACAGCGCCUAGCCAAAGUUUGUUUACAAAGCAAAAAACAAAGUCCACAACUUUUUCUUUUAUUUUGACAUAAAUCGAAAGGUCAAAAAUUUUCAUUUUAAAAAACUCAUUUCUUGAUUUAAUUUUUUAUUUAUCAGACGUAGGGGAUGUUAUUGAAUUGGGUGAUUGGAAUAAGUAUUAGAAUUAAAGUAUGCAAGUGCUUUGAUGAAAAAGAUAUCCAAGUCACGUUUCCUUCAAAGUAUUGAUAAAAAGGUAGGAUUUGUUUUAGUUAAAAAGAUACAUUGAAUUCCAUUAAAAUUCACCAUAACUGAAUUCUAACUAAAUCUAAAAAAUACUCCUUCCGUUUUUUAAUAUAAGUUGUUUUAAAGCUAUGCACAUAGAUUAAGAAAAUCAUUAAUUUCUUAUAUUUUCGAAACAAAAACAUCAUUAAUUAUUUACCUAACCACAAUUCAACCAAUAGAAGGGUGUUUUU